AAAAAAACAAAUAGAAAAAGAAAAGCAAAAACCUGUGCGUUGUUUCUACUCACACUCUUCCUUCCUUCCUCUCCAACCCACUAAGGAAACUGCUUCCGAAUCCGAUUAAUGGAAAAUUCAGACGAACAACUUCCCUUCUCUCCACCAAACCCUAACAAUGCCGAAGAAGACGACGAAAUCGACGAACCAGAAGACGAAGACGAAGAAGAGGAGGAAGACGACGACGACGACGAUGUCGUGUCGCAGGAGCAAUCCCCGUUGUCGCGGCUGCGCGAGCAGCGUUCGAAGUUAGAAACCCUGUCCCGGCGAUUGGCGUCGGAGCUGGUCCCAAUCCGAGUCCACGACGUGCUGAUUCGCGGCAACACGAAGACGAAGGCGUGGCUGAUCGAGGCGGAGCUCAAGCUCCUCGAGGAGGCCACCACCGUGCAGGAGCUAAUUCGCGCCUCCGAAAUCGCCCUCGCCAGGCUCCGUGGCCUCGAGAUUUUCGACACCGCCGAGCUUACGCUCCAGGCCGGGCCGCCGGAGCUUCCUCACACCGCCAAUGUUAUCGUCGACGUCGUCGAGACCGCCAACAAAAUCUCCGGUGAUUUCGGCGUUUACACCAAACCCGCGACUAGUUCUUGGUCUGCUGAAGGUGGUCUUAAGUACAAAAACUUGUUAGGUUAUGGUGAUCUAUGGGAUGCCUCUUUGGCCUAUGGUGCCAACCAAACAACAGAGGUAAGUGUAGGAGUGUAUGCCCCUCGACUGAAAGGAUUGCUAACCCCUCUUGUAGCACGACUAUCCAUGCUUUCCCAAGAUUGGCAAGAGUUUUCUUCAUACAAAGAGCAGUUGUUAGGCUUGUCUCUUGGCUUAAUCUCAGCAAGGCAUCAUGACUUAGCCUACACUCUUGGAUGGCGUACCUUGACUGAUCCAUCACAAAUGUCAUCCAGGUCUAUAAGGAGGCAACUUGGGCAUGGUUUAGUAUCAUCUUUGAAGUAUACAUUUAAAAUUGACAGGAGAAACUCACCUAUUAGGCCUACAAAGGGAUAUGCUUUUCUAUCUACCACUCACUUUGGUGGCCUUACACCAGAUCCUCGGAGCUUGCGAUUUCUGCGCCAGGAAUUUGAUGUUCGCUGUGUCAUCCCCUUUGGGUUUUAUAAUACAGCACUUAACCUUGGGAUUUCUGCUGGUGCUGUUUUUCCAUGGGGGCAUGGCUUCAUGAACAAGCCAUCUCCGCUUCCUGAAAGGUUUUAUUUGGGUGGUGAUUUCUCUCCAGUUUGCACUCUAGGAGGGCCAAUAACAUUGUGGGGAUUUAAAACUAGGGGAUUAGGUCCUACUGAACCACAAAGGCGAAGUAGAGAUGGAAUUAUUGAUGACAAUGAUGAUUCCUCUAGAUGGGACUUCAUUGGAGGAGAUCUAGCUGUUACUGCAUUUGCAGACUUGUCUUUUGAUCUUCCAGUUAGGUGGUUGAGAGAUCAUGGAAUUCAUGGUCAUGUUUUUGCUGGUGCUGGGAAUACUGCUAAAUUAACUCAGAAUGAAUAUAAGCACUUUUCACCUCGGAAGUUCUUAGAAUCCUUUCGAACAUCGGUGGGAUGUGGAUUUGUUGUUCCUACUAGACUUUUUCGCCUAGAGGGUAAUUUCUAUUACAUACUCAAGCAGAAUGAGCAUGAUCGUGGGAAAACUGGAUUUAGGUUCAGCUUCUCAGCUCCUUCUUAGAGAUUGAGUUCACAACUGAGAUUUUUUUUCUUUUUCAUUUAUUCUCUAGCAUUAAACAUUCUUGCUGCCUGUCAAUGGAUGGCUAGUACUUUUCUUUUCCUUCUCGUUUAAAAUCCUGACUGAAAUCGGGAAAGGGCACUGUUUUAGUGUUGAGGAUUUAUAGGAUCAGUUUUUGGAGAAGACAUUACCCCUUGAGGGUCAUAACAUAUAAGUUGAUGCUCAUUGCAUUUCGAUGGUGUAUGAAAUUCCAAAUUAUUUAAUCGUGUAUUGCUACAUUAGAAGGCCUCAAUUGGCACUGAGAAUUCUCAAACUUUGUUUGUUCAACUUAAAUUGAAUAAAUCGCUAACAUUGGUUGAGAUAA